UCCGCUAGGUGUCGCUAGUGCCCGUGUCUGUGGGCUGGUGGCAAGGCCGGGGGGGGGGCGGCAGCUGUGUGUGCGUACAUGUGCGUGUGCGUGUGGGAGAGCAGCAGCAGCAGCAGCAGGGGGAACUUGAAAACUUCGCAGCGUUCAGCGGAGGGAGACGCUCGAGCAGGAGCUGAGGCGGCUGCUCACAGUCCAUCUGCGGUCGACAGAGCAGCAGCGGUCCGGCGCAGCAGCGGAACCAUUUCCGGCACAACAUGGAUGAUUUGGAUGCUUUGUUGGCGGACCUUGAGUCCACAACAUCCUACAUUUCCAAGCGUCCACUCUUGUCUGACGAUAGCGCCUACUCCAUCCCUGUCGGGGGUGAGACAGAGCGAGACAUCUGCUCUCCACCACAAGUCCCUACCACUCCCUCUGAGCAAGCCCUGAACGGACUGGAUGAAACAGAGUCCUUCAGCUCAGCUCAGAGAGGUCCCUGGUCUAGAGAAAGCAGCAGUCCAACCCAACCCACUGGUGAGGAGGACCACGUAUACAGUUUCCCUAAUAAGCAGAAGAGUAGUGAGUUAUCAGCUGUUGCCAUGAACUCAACUUUGGGCAGCAACCUGUCUGAGCUUGAUCGUCUCCUGUUGGAGCUCAAUGCUGUCCAGCAAAGCACUCCUGCCUACCCCACAGAAGAAGAAGCAGCUCCACCACUGCCUGCCAGCUGUAUCAUCCACCACAUCCACGAGAAUGGAGUCUCUACUGCUGGCAAGGCAGGACCACCUGAUUUGGAGAAGCCCAAGCGGGGUGCGACUCGGGGAAUAGAGGACGUACGACCAAGUGUAGAGAGCCUUCUAGAUGAGCUGGAAAGUUCUGUGCCCUCACCCAUUCCCAAACCUUUGGUGUUGUCAGAUGAACAAACAGAGGGACAAGAGGAAACACCAGCACAGCAACACGCCAGAAUGUCUGCCUCCUCUGCCACACGAGAGCUGGAUGAGCUCAUGGCCUCCCUGUCUGACUUUAAAGUCCAAAGCAAUUCUGGCUCUCAGUUGUCUGUAAAUCAGGAGGCACUAGACCCCUCACUUCAAUCAGAAACCACCCCAUCUAUAAAUCCUAAUGCUUGCUCACUGGAUACUCUUAUACUUUCUAGUUACACUACUCCCUCCUGUACACCUCUUCCACUUGAACUCCAUAUAGAUGAAGAUGGUAGUUCGGCCCAUACCACUUCAGCGGGUUCCACAGUAGUAACUGCAUCAUCCAAGUACUCCCAGAUCCAACAGAAAGGUGAUGGUGUCAGUGUCCCCUCUGAUAGCUCUCAUGUGGAGAGCCUCAGCGUCUCCAGUAGUAAAGUAGACAGCUCAAUGCAGAUGUCAACCUCUAGGAUCAUUGCUAGUAAAGUCUCAUGUCCAGCUGGAAAUACUCCAGUUACUGUUGGUGGAAGUUCUAGUCCAGGUCCUGCUGCCCAGAGCUCCAGUCCAGUGGUAGUUUCCAAAAGCCCUAGUCCUGUUACUGUGUCUAAAUCUAGUCCCAUUCUAAGAGCCAAGAGUCCCAGUCCACCUGAUCUUAAAUGCUCCAAUCUAAGUCAGUCUUCAGAGAAUCCAACUCAAGUUUCCAUAAGUCAAAGUUCAGAAGCAGCUGCAAAGAAUCAAAGUCCAGUGACAAUCCGAACAAGUCCAGAAGUAGUGCCUAUGACUGUGAGUCCAGUGACAGUCCCAAGGCUUUCAAGUCCAGUACCAAAAUGUGCAAGUCCAGUGACAGUCCGAAAUCUCUCUAGUUCAAUAACUGUCCCAAAGAGUGCUAGUCCUGAAAUGGCUCCUAAGAGUGCAAGUUCAGUGUCACUACAAAGAGUUUCAAGUCCUGUGACAAUCCCUCAUAUCGCCAGCUCACCAUCUGUACCUAAGAGUUCUAGUCCUGAAACAAUUCAAAAUAAUCCUUCUCCAACAAUAUCGCCAAGACUUUCAAGUCCAGUAACAGUUCCAAAGAAUGAAUCUGCAGUUCCUACGAGUCCUGUGUUGAACAUUAGAAAAACAAUCACAGUGUCAGGCACCAGUAGUCCCAGAGCUUCACCUAUUUCACUUGCUGCAGUACCAUCAAAUAGUCUGUCUCCCCCAACCACAGCAAACCACGCAGGUGAUGGUCUGUAUUUAACAUGGCCAUGCCGUGAGCCUUUUUUGGAUGAUGCUUUAGACAGACUGUUAACAUAUGACUCCCCCCAAUUGGGUGAGCACCAGCCACCUGCUCCCUUUAUGCCUGGAGAUGAAGACAGAUCAUGGGAGGAGGAAGAUGGGACUUACCCCGAUCUGAGCCGAGAGGGAACCCUUACACCCAUGACUGAGUCCAGCUGGAUGGACGAGUGUUUCACCCCCUCCACCUGCCCUGGGACGCCAGAUGCAACGUUGGACCUGCCCUCACAGCAGCCCUCUGCUGUGGAGCGUCUAUCUGCCUCUGGCCAACUCAAGUCAGUUAUCCGCCGUACCAAAGAGACUACCAAUGUGCAUCCGAUGUUCAGGGAGGGGCUGUUGCGGCGUAAAAUGGGACCAAUCAUUGUGAACAAAAGCAACUCGCAAGAUCGACUCAUUGAGGAGCUGCAGGGGAAACUGGGGAUAGGGCGAAUGGAGCGCCGGCGCAAACAACAGCCAGAUGACUGGCUGGCGGAGGGAGUCAUUGUAAUGUCUAACCCACAGCGAACACGUGAAGAAGCGGCCCGGCCAGCUGUGAAUAAGAUCCUCAUCCCUCCUGAGCCAUCUUCCCCACAGAGAAAAGUCCUGCCCCCUCCGCAAUCACCCCCAGCACCCAAAAAGCCACCCCCUGUCAAGCAGACUCCUCCACCACUACCUCCUCCCCCCCCAACCCCUCCUCCUCCUCGAGAACCCACCCCUCCAUCCCCCAAAGAGCCAACUCCUCCCCCCAGGGAGCCCACGCCUCCCCCUAGGGAGCCCACGCCUCCCCCUUUCCAGCCCCCUCCCUCGCCUAGCCCCCCUCCCAAGCCUGUCACGCCACCUCCGCCUCCCAAGGUCUUUGUAUCAGUGGGGUGUCAAACCGACUACGACCCAAUCUUCCCACCAAUGCAGGCAUGGAUCAUGUCUUCAUCUGUCCCUGUCCUCUUCUCUGACCUAUUACUCUCUUUCCACUUUCUCUCACUCUUGAACUGUUUGACUCUCUGUUUACAGAUUGUUUAUUCAUUCAGUUGAAAUCCAAGUAGUUGUAUAACCUCAGUAUAAGUGUGAACUACAAACAUUGUCUGGUCAUCGAAUUUGUCACCUGGUGUCCGUUCCUGCCACAUUGCAGUAGAUACCCUCUUUAAAGCUUUGUCUGAAAUCCAGUCAGUCCACGUUAUGAGGGGUGCUGACAUUCAGGCCAUUGAGACUGAGCUCCCUUUUCUAAUUCUAACAUCUGAUGGCGCCAGGAGCUGUGUGUUCAGAGUGGAGUGGCGAGUUUAAGAGCUUAGAGUCAAGCAGAGUGUAACCUGCCCAUGUUCCCGUUACACUUACUGUCCUGUCAUGAGCAGGAAUGGUAAACUCGCGGUGCAACUGAAACCUAAUCUGCCACAUGACAGCACAGUUACCACCACAAUUAUAGCAUCUCCCACUGGACUUCCGUCAACAGGUCCCACUAGGUUAGACACCAGUGUGUCCUUGUUGAAUACCGUGUAACCUCAAGUCUUUUAGAAGUAGCUUUACACUUGUGGAGAGGUGGAUUGACAUGAGCCGCAUAAUAUAAGUGCAUAUGUAUUUGGUCAAGGGUAAGGUGUGUGUGUGUGCGUGUGCAUGCGUGUCUGUGUGUGAGUGAGAGAGAAUUUAUAAGCAGAGAUGCUAUUUUCUCUCAGUGGAAUGUAGGAGUCAUGAAGCUCCAAUGACCACACCAUCUGAGAAGGUCUGUUUGCUUUCAUUACAGAAGCCAAAUGCACAUUCACAUACAACAUCAAACACUGGAAACAUGGACUAUGUUAUAUCAAAUUAUACUUAUCCAUUAGCCUUGGUAUUCUCUUUAAUUUAGUUGUAGUUAGCUUUAGUGUCAUACUGUUAAAUAUUCAUUUGUACAACAUUUUCUAUAUGUAUUCUAAAUAUUUCUAUUCCUUAGAAGUGUAAGCAUGUCUUCUUUGUUUCUGUUGCCUUAUAGACUUCAUAGACUGAAUAUCAGAAGCGUCAAUGUAGGAUUACUGAGUGCAGUGCCAUUAAU